AAGGGACUUGGCAGUGAUCAUUAUCUCUCACUAGCCCGUGGCUACGUUGCCUUGUUCAGGAAGGACUGAACCAAGGAGCCUGAAGACCAUGGAGGGCGACUGUCUGAGCUGCAUGAAGUACCUGAUGUUCCUUUUCAACUUCUUUAUAUUUCUGGGAGGAGCGUGCCUGCUGGGAGUGGGGAUCUGGGUGAUUGUGGACCCCACAGGUUUUCGAGAGAUAGUGGCUGCCAACCCUCUGCUCUUCACGGGGGCCUACAUCAUGCUGGCCAUGGGAGCGAUGCUCUUUCUGCUGGGUUUCCUCGGCUGCUGCGGGGCCAUCCGGGAGAACAAAUGCCUCCUGCUCUUUUUCUUCAUGUUUAUUUUGCUGAUCUUCCUGGCGGAGCUUUCAGCUGCCAUCCUGGCUUUUAUCUUCAGAGAAAAUCUGACCAGGGAGUUUUUCACCAAGGAGCUGAAGAAGCACUACCUGAGGAACAACGACACGGACGUCUUCUCUUCCACCUGGAACUCUGUGAUGAUCACAUUUGCCUGCUGUGGGGUGAAUGGACCGGAAGAUUUUGAAGCUGUCCCUCAUCUUGCCUACUCUCCUUUGGAACCGGCGAUACCUGAGGCUUGUUGUCAACGAGAGCUCCAGAGCCGGGAAGGGAUGUUUGUCAACAGGGAAGCCUGUCUCACGGGCAUCGAGAGGUUUCAGAACCGACAGGGCUGCUACACUGUCAUCCUGAACUCCUUUGAGACCUACGUGUACCUCGCAGGAGCCCUGGCCAUCGGCGUCUUGGCCAUUGAGUUGUUUGCCAUGAUCUUUGCCAUGUGUCUCUUCCGAGGGAUCCAGUAAGACAUGAACCACCACGUUCCCCACGUACUCAGAAGAAAGAAGGAAAAUCAGAAGAAACGAAACCUGGAAACACCCAAAAAAAAAAAAAAAAAAAAAACUUUUAUUUUUUU